CGGCGAGGUGGUGGCGCUGAGAAGCAGAGGGAGGCGACGGCGGUUGCGGGAGCCGGGUUCUGCCCAAGCUUGACGAUGUCUGGGGAGCUGGAGAUCAUGGAAUCGCAGCGGAUGUGGGAGCCGGACUCCAAGCGCAACACCAGCAUGGACCGGUUCAGGGCGGCGGUCACCGCGGCUUACGGCAUCCGCCUGGCAAACUACGGCGAGUUGUACCAAUGGUCCGUGCAACAUUAUCCGGAUUUCUGGGCCGAAUUUUGGAAGUUCAGCGGGAUUGUCUUUUCUCGGUUUUAUGAUGAGGUGAUUGAUCCUUCCAAGGGCAUCGCGGAGGUUCCCGAGUGGUUUAAAGGCAGCCGCUUAAACUACGCUGAAAACCUGCUGAAGCAUGAGGAGAAUGAUAAAAUUGCCCUCUAUGCUGCCCGAGAAGGCAAGGAAGAGAUUGAGAAAGUGACAUUUGAAGAGCUGAGGCACCAGGUGGCUUUCUACGCUGCAGCCAUGAGGAAGAUGGGGGUGCAGACAGGAGACCGGGUCGUUGGUUACUUGCCCAACGGUAUUCACACGGUGGAAGCGAUGCUUGCAGCCUCAAGCAUUGGGGCCAUUUGGAGUGCAACGUCGCCGGAUUUUGGCAUCAACGGCGUGCUGGAUAGAUUUUCCCAAAUUCAACCCAAGUUGAUCUUCUCCGUCGAAGCUGUCGUUUACAACGGGAAAAGGCACAAUCACUUGGAGAAGCUGCAGAGUGUCGUCAAGGGACUUCCGGAUCUGAAGAAAGUAGUCGUAAUCCCCUACGUGUCCUCAAGAGAAUCCAUAGAUAUUUCCAAAAUUCCAAACAGCGUCUUUCUAGAAGAUUUCCUUGCAGCGGGGAAGGGAGAGCAAGCCCCCCAGCUGGAGUUCGAACAACUUCCCUUCAGUCACCCACUUUUUAUCAUGUAUUCUUCAGGCACAACUGGAGCCCCAAAAUGUAUGGUCCACUCCGCAGGGGGCACUUUGAUUCAGCACCUGAAGGAGCAUCUCCUUCAUGGGAACAUGAGCAGCAGUGACAUCAUCAUAUACUACACCACGACUGGGUGGAUGAUGUGGAACUGGUUGGUGUCGGCUCUGGCGGUGGGGGCAUCGGUGGUCCUGUACGACGGCUCGCCCCUCGUCCCGUCUCCCAGCGUCUUGUGGGACUUGGUGGAUCGGUUAGGAAUUACCAUCCUUGGGACAGGUGCCAAGUGGUUGGCUGUGCUGGAAGAGAAAAAACUGAGCCCGUGUGAAACCCACAACCUUCAGACCCUCCACACCAUCCUGUCAACGGGGUCACCCCUCAAGCCUCAAAGUUACGAGUACGUCUACAAGCACAUCAAGAGCAGUGUUCUCCUUGGCUCCAUUUCAGGAGGCACCGAUAUAGUUUCCUGUUUUAUGGGUCAUAAUGUGACCAUUCCAGUUUACAAAGGCGAGAUACAGGCGCGGAAUCUUGGAAUGGCCGUGGAAGCGUGGAGUGAGCAAGGCAAGCCAGUUUGGGGAGAAAGCGGGGAGCUGGUUUGCACCAAGCCUAUACCCUGCCAGCCAACACACUUUUGGAAUGACGAGAAUGGAAAUAAAUACCGGAAGGCGUAUUUUUCCAGAUUUCCAGGUGUUUGGGCCCACGGAGACUACUGCAAAAUCAAUCCCCAGACGGGAGGCAUCGUCAUGCUGGGCCGCAGUGACGGCACGCUGAAUCCAAGCGGAGUGAGGUUUGGCAGUUCAGAGAUCUAUAACAUUGUGGAAGCCUUCGAGGAGGUUUCAGACAGCCUCUGCGUUCCACAGUACAACAAACACGGUGAGGAGAGGGUGGUCCUUUUCUUGAAGAUGACCACCAACCACAAAUUCAGUCCAGAUUUGGUGAAGCGAAUCAGGGAAGCAAUUCGGGUGGCCCUUUCAGCUCGACACGUGCCCAGUCUUAUUCUGGAAACAGAAGGCAUCCCGUACACCAUAAAUGGAAAGAAGGUUGAAGUAGCCGUCAAACAGAUCAUAGCUGGAAAAGAAGUGGCACAACGGGGCAUCUUUUCUAACCCAGAGACACUGGAUCUCUACCGUAAUAUUCCGGAGCUCCAGAAUUUUUGAAGGAACUUGCCUUUCCCCGUCCCUUGGUGUGAGUGUGUGUGUGUGUGUCAGUUUAUAUCUGGUGUACAUAAUACGUAUAUGGAUGCUACAUGUAAAAGAAAUUUACCAGAGUGACCCUCUGUCCAGAUGGGGAAAGAAGACAUCCUGUGUCUCCUGAGCACUUUGUGAAAAAGAAGGGCUAAGCCAGCCAUAGGGAUUUUGGAAUAUUGAUCUUUCUUUUCUUCCCGCCCGGAAAAGUGUGAACCUGCACCCUUCCUCUGGGCAGAAACUUUCAUAAUUCAGGUGGUAAAGAACUGGUUCCUGGUUUAAACGUUACCGUUUCAAAACAAGGGAGGAGGCUCAGGGCCCCGCGAUGCCUGGUGGUACCUUGCCCGGAUGAGAUUGUGGGUUUGAAACGGUUGUGCUGAAGAUUCUGGGCAACCUUGGCAGAUGUUUUUCUGCCACCUCUGGAAGAGCCAGUGGAUUGUUGCAGAAAGCAUUAAGAGCAACUGCUCGGUCGGUGCCGAGUGUUGGCAGGAAGCAACGGAUUUAGCUGUCAUCUCGGAAAACGAGGCAUCUGAACCCUUAGCACGACAUGGCCAGCUGUUCCCCUCGAGAAAAGUUUGCUAGCGCAAGGGAAUAUUUCCCAGGAUGCUUUGUUUUCUUUUUUUCUUUCAAAAGGGGGAGAGAGAGAGAGAGAUGCACUUUUAAGUUUAUUUAACUUUAAAAAAAAAAGAGAGAGAGAGAGAGAAAUCUUCCCUUUUUCGAACCAGCAGCAUUUUCAGGUCGCUGUUCUAAAUAGUACUUGAGUUUUGCAGCGAGAUGCAAAGAUGUUUGGUUGUUGCGGGGUGAUGCUGGGCUGGCGUCCCCUUCACGGGACCAUCUAGUUGAUGGUCCUACCAAUUCCGUGGGACUGGCGCGUGGAAUUUUUUUUUUAAUCCGAUCAUCCAGCGGUGCCAUGUAUGCAGCUUGGUUUUGCUGGUGGGGGAAAGAGAAAAAGCCCAGUCUGUUUUUCCCCCCCCCCCAAGGGUGAAAUUAAAAGCAAAAAUACCUAGAGCAGUGUUUCUCAACCUUGGCAGUUUUAAGGUGUGUGGACUUCAACCCCCAGAAUUCUCCAGCCAGCAUGCCUUAAGAUGGGUGGACUUCAACUCCCAGAAUUCCCCAGCCAGCAUGCUGGCUGGAGAAUUCUGGGAGUUGAAGUCCACCCAUCUUCAAGUUGCCGAGGUUGGGAAACACUGCUCUAGCGUUUUUAAAGCUUGAGCAAGCCCGUUCCAGCUUGAGGUGCGUGUUCCUCCCCGCCAAGCAGGGCUUGGACGUUCUCAGUGCAACUGAGUCUUCUACGGCUGUGAUCAGCACCUCGUUUUUGGAGUCAUACUUUUCACUGGGUAGGAACUUCGAGCCCAGCACCUUUGAUUCUAAUUGGAGGGCACUUAAACAGCCAAGGAUUCUUUAAACAAUUUGCUCCAUGUUGCCAGGAGUACCAAGGGCAUGGAGAACGCAAGACAUUGCGUGCUUGCCACGUCCCAUACACCCAUGCAACCAUUUGCAUGCAAAUGCCUGAGAGAAUCUCAGCAGAAUUUUUGCCCUUUUAGAUUGGGGGUAAAGAAAGACACUUAGGAUGUUUCAGGUGCAGUUAGAUUGCAGAACCCAUCACCCGGCUGAUAGGAGUUGGAGUCCAGCAGCUCCUGGAUGGGGGUAGCCUAUCCUUUCUCGCCCGAGUGUGAGAAAGGAAAUGUGCAAGCCCUUUGCUUAAAUGUGGGUGUAAACAGCAGAAAGGAACAAUUGGGUGGAGGGAGAAUGCUGUGAAGUUGGAUCUGUCGUAUCUGAAUCGGAUAGGAAGCCCCAUGUGGUCUGGGGCUUCUGUCUAAUAUGUAUAACUUGUAAUUCCUAUUUUAUUAUUAUUUUUAAUGUUUUUUUUAGGGCAUAAAAGAACUAAAAUGUGGUUGGGGUGCCUUAUGGCUUUCUUGGUUUCUAAAAUUUUUUUCUCCCCUUAAUAAAUGGUUACAAGCGUGUGGAAACACGGCAGUGAAUUGUAUACUUCGGAUAAAGGAAGAUCCAGGUAUAAGAACUCAGGAGGGGGAAAUAAUAAAAAAAAACACCCUAAUGUUUCAGCUGCUUUGAAUGAAUGGUGGGUAAAUUGUGUUUCUGGAGUUUUUCCUUUUUUUAAAACAAAAA